AUGACACGAGCUAUCCAGGCCCUCUCCGUUCUUCUCCUGGUCUCGUCCAUUUACCUCUCUCUCUUCCUUGGCCUUGUCCCCUUGAACGAGACUGUUCAGACUGAAAUUGUCCCCGUGCUUCCCUUCUACGCCCUUAUCGUCUUCGCCUGUUACCUCCUCGCCCGUCUGGGUAUCGCGAUCUUCACCUUCAACGAUGUCCCCGAGGCGCACGCCGAGCUACAAAAGGAGAUCGAACUGGCCAAGGUGGAGCUGCGCAAGGGCAAGAUCGAUAUCGAUUGA